AUGCGCCUCAUUGUUCGAGAAGACGGGAACAGUGCGUCCAAAUAUGCGGCAAGACAGAUUAUCAACCGCAUAAAUGCCUUCGCGCCUACGCCAGAGAAGCCUUUCAUAUUGGGUCUGCCUACGGGCAGUAGUCCAGAGAUCAUCUACAAAUACCUGGUCCAAGCUCACAAAGAUGGUGAGAUCUCGUUCGCCAACGUUGUGACCUUCAAUAUGGACGAAUACGUGGGAAUACCUGAAGACCACCCUGAGUCAUAUCACAGUUUCAUGUAUAAACAUUUCUUCGCCCAUAUCGACAUCAAUCCUUCCAAUGUCAACAUUCUCAAUGGCAACGCUCCCGAUCUCGCAGCCGAAUGUGCCGCUUACGAGGAAAAGAUUGCACAAGCGGGAGGCAUUGAUCUCUUUCUGGGAGGUAUCGGUACUGAUGGACAUAUCGCAUUCAAUGAGCCAGGGUCAUCUCUGCGUUCGCGAACAAGAGUAAAGACGUUGGCGGAAGACACUAUUCGGGCUAAUUCGCGAUUCUUUGGAGGCGACCUGAAUCAGGUUCCCAAGCGGGCUUUGACUGUUGGAGUUCAGACAGUGAUGGACGCCAGAGAAGUGAUGCUCAUCAUACUGGGAGCGAACAAGGCAGUGGCACUCGCUAAGAUUGUUGAGGGGUCGGUAAGUCAGAUGUGGACUGCUAGCGCUCUUCAAAUGCAUGAGCAAGCCGUGAUCGUCUGCGACGACGCGGCCACGGAUGAGAUGCUUGUGAAGACCGUCAAGUAUUUCAAGAGCAUCGAGCACAUCGCUGCAGAGGAGGAGGCAAGCGUGCCCACCCCUCAACAGCAGUUGCCGACGAAGGCGGAGAAUUGGCGAGGUGCAUUGAAGGACCUGAAGAUUGACACGGAAAAGAAGGAUCAAGCAGAACCAGAAAAUGGUGAACUGACACCUGACAGCAUGUCCUCAAGACUGGUCGACUCAGCCAUUGGCAUGAACGAUAAAAAUAUGAGCGAUUCCAUGUUUGACAGAAUGGGAUCACGAGUACCGACAUUAGCAGCAUGA